AUAACUGGAGUGAAAAGGGUAAACGCAGAAAAACUACUGGUACUGGUCGUAUGCGAUAUCUAAAACAUGUGUCUCGACGUUUCAAGAAUGGUUUUCGAGAGGGCACCCAGCCCGUGAAACGACAGACCGUAACUAUGGCUGUGGAUUAA